AUGCGCAAGGUGACUCUCAUGUCGUCUUCCAUGUUUGGGUCUGUUGGCUCACAUCGGAACAGGAGGAAAGAGCUCCGUGCCCUCUUGCGGCAUUCUGGCAUGCCUAGCUUGUUUGUGACUCUCAACCCGGCGGACUCGAAGAAUUUUGUGGUCAGUGUGAUGGCAGGGCGAGAUGUUGACCUGGACGAGAGGCUUGGCUUGAGUGAUGAAGUGAAAGAGGAGGUGUCUCAGAGGUUCUCGGCGGCGUCGGCGGAUCACGGUGCUUGUGCAGAAGGUUUCCACUUCAUGGUGGAGAAGUUUAUCAACGUCUUCCUUCCAUACGGCUCCCCCGAGGGUGGCAUCUUUGGCAAAUGCCUAAACCACUACGGCGUUGUCGAAGCUCAGGGAAGGGGAGCUCUUCACAUCCACAUGCUUAUCUGGCUGGAGCACGCACCUUCACCGCUAGAGCUCAGAAAGCAUGAGAAGGAAAACCCUGAGUGGGCCGCUGAAGUGUGUCGCUGGCUUGACACUGUUAUGUCCGGAUCGUUGCCUGAGGGUGCCGUGCCCAGUGGGCGAUAUCCUCCUUGUGACGAUGACACCCUUGCCUUCCGCCAACGUGGUGAACAUCGUUCCCUUCCUCUUCUGCAACCGCCACCUCACCUCCCACCUCACAUGUCUGAAGAAGACUGGCAGAGGGUACGGCAGGAUGUGGUGGAGGUCUUGGAGUGCGGUCAACUGCAUGACCACUCCUUUACUUGCUUCAAGCACCUGCCUAAACUGCGUCGGGCUCAGAAGCUGGGAGAUGCCGAUUGUCGUUUCAAAUUUCCCAAGGAGGAGGUUUUGCACACACACUUCAACGACGACGGCACCAUCGAUGUCCAGCGCACACAUCCAAAGCUCAACAUGUACAACCUCAUCAUGGUGGCAGCGUUUCGCUGUAACAUGGACAUCAAGUUCGUCGGCUCGGGGAUGAUGGCGAUGGCUGCUGUGUACUACAUCAGCAACUACAUCUCCAAAGUCGCCCUCGACACCCCAACAAUGUUUGGAGCGAUCGAGGCGAGGUUUAGGCAAGGGAAUGGAAGGCUAUGUCGGUUGGGUUCAUGUUCACAAGAAGAAACGUCUUCACAAGCUUGCUCCUCGGGCCUAUCGCUGUGUGCUUUUCGGUUACAGCACUACUCAGAAGGCUUAUCGCCUGUGGGAUCCGGCAAAGAAGGAAGUUGUGGUGUUCCCUCCACCCCGACCUUGUUCCCUUAUUCCAGUCUCUCGUCCUCGCCAAUCCCUCUUGCGCCGCCCGGACCCUCUGGCUCAAGCUGGAGGCCGAUUACGGUGAUCACUCCCUUUCAAAUGCUCUUCGGUACCCCUCCCAACCUCUCGCAUCUUCGUGUCAUUGGGUGUGUCGGUUGGGUUCAUGUUCACAAGAAGAAACAUCUCCGCAAUCCUUUCUUCCAACAUAACACAACAGGCUAUUGGGUCAAGAAGCGGAGAGAGUCGGAGAGACGGGUGCCGAGGCUCGGCAGAGACAGAUGA